AUGUCUUCAACGCUAUCUGGAAGCUCGGCAACCAAUACCGGCGCUAAGCCUCAUGGCUGUAAAUCCAGCAUCGAAAAUCAUGGUACGAAUAAUGGCUCCAUAAGCCACAAGUAA